AUGGGGAACAGUCACAGCCAGAUCAAUGCUGCCUCAGCUGCCACGGUCGUUGUGUCCGGUCUGGUGCUGUAUGGCCUCUGGUUGGCGUUGUAUCGGCUCUAUCUCUGCCCUCAGGCCAAGUUCCCAGGACCGAAACUGGCUGCUCUGACGUACUGGUACGAAGUCUACUACGACAUCGUCAGUAAGAAUGGAGGCGGGCAGUUCACCUUCGAGAUCAAGCGCAUGCACGAGAAAUACGGACCGGUGGUGCGCAUCAACCCGACGGAGCUGCAUGUGGACGAUCCGAACUACUACAAUGAGAUCUACUGCAACAGCACUUCGGCCAGGCCCAUCGACAAGAUCGAGAAGCAUAAAUAUCGCUUCAACAUCCCCGAUGCCACCUUCAGCACGGUCCCUGCAGAGCAUCAUCGCCUGCGACGUGCGGCUAUCGCCCCCUUCUUCUCCAAGGCGCGCGUUCGGAACCUCAAUGGCAACCUGCAAAAGAUCAUUGAUCGCAUCUCCCAUCGUCUCGCCACCGAGUAUGCAGGCUCUGGGUGUGUGUUCAACAUUAUCAACAUGUGGUCCAGCAUGACGGCCGAUGUCAUCACCGAACUGGCCUUUGGCCGUUCCGCCGACUUUUCAGCGGCGCCGGAUUUCCUAUCGCCCUUCACAGCAUCUAUGUCUAACCUGGCAUUUGCUGCUCAUUAUAACACGCAUUUCGGGUUUCUGCCCGAGCUGAUGAACUGGCUUCCCGAUGGGCUGGUCGGUUCUUUGGUACCCUCCUUCAAACCGAUCUUGGACUAUCGAACAGCAACUCGCCAGCAACUCCGGCAAAUUCUGUCCUCCAAGAAAGACACGGCCAAAGAGUCGGCCACUCCGACUAUCUUCCACGAUAUCCUGACUGGGCAUUUGCCUCCUGAGGAGCUGACUCUGAAACGACUCACCGAGGAAGCCACCAGCGUCAACGGUGCCGGGAUGGAGACGGUCACCUGGACGCUGUCUGUGGCAUGUUUCCAUAUUCUCGAUCAGCCCGCGGUACUGGCUCGCCUGAAGACGGAGCUGCAGGAGGCCAUGCCGAAUCCCCAAGAGAUCCUGCCGUCGGAUCAGCUGGAGAAGCUGCCGUACCUGUCGGCAGUAGUCUCAGAAGGAUUGCGUCUUGGUUACGGUGCCGUUCAGCGACUGCCUCGCGUAAACCGUCGGGCUGUGUGGAAAUACGGCGAAAUGGAAAUCCCGGCCGGAGUGCCCGUCAGCAUGGAUGCUUACCAUAUGCAUUCUAACGAGGCCGGGCCGGACGGCGUGCAUCCCCUGUCGCACUAUCUGGUGCCAUUCAGCCGAGGGUCGAGGGCCUGCAUCGGCAUGCAUCUGGCUUACAUGGAGCUGUUCAUUGCCCUAGCCACCGUGUUUCGUCGACACCAGUUUGAGCUAUUCGAAACGGACCGCAGUGAUGUCGACUUUGCUAAUGAUCUUGUCCGGCCGAUGCCCAAAUGGGGUAGCAAAGGUGUCCGGGUGAUGGUCAAGCAAUAG